UAUAAAGAGCAAGUUGAAGAUUUAGAAAAAAAACUUACAGAAAUUUUAACAGAGAAAGAAUUAAAUAAAAUUGACUUUGAAUUCAUUGAAAAAUUAGAACAAAGUUCUAAAGGCCUAGCUGAAGCAAUAAAUAAGGCUGAAGAAUGGAAAAACUGA